AACGGUGGAACCACCUAAAUGUUUAACUAUAUUUUCUAGUAACUUAAUAUAGUUAAUUCUCAUUGUAAAUAAUGUAAUGCAUAUGCUAGAAAUUACCCUUUCCCAAUCACCUGAAUCGAUAUUUUAACAGUUUGUUUGGUCAUGGUUGGCCAACAUUUUACUCGCCCCGAUGUAAAGAUUGCUGUCGUGAAGCAUAAUAAAAUGUCUUCAUACAGUUAAAAAUAGACUGGAUUUACUCUAAGAGAUCAUUUUGAGAGUUUGUUGACCUUUCUACAAUCAUCAUGGACGAAGACGGUCUGAAAGUGUUGGUGAAAUUAACCCAGGACGGACAGUUCAGUUCUCUCAAGAAAUACAUGAAGACACGCGGACUUAUGGAGGUUGCCCGAAACAAACAUUUCGGCCGAUCCGGAGAUACUCUUGUGCACUAUGCCGCCCGACACGGACACUUGGACAUUUUAGACUUUCUCGUCAAAGAAAUCGGCACCGAUGUUGAAGUUUAUAACAACGACUACAAGCGGCCAUUGCAUGAAGCUGCUUCCAUGGGCCACCUAGCAUGUGUCAGCUAUUUGCUGCAGGAGGGAGCAAAAGUGGACAGUUUAAAGAAGGCGGAUUGGACCCCUUUGAUGAUGGCCUGCACUCGCAGGAACCUGGAUGUGAUCCGAGAGCUGAUAGAGCGCUCCGCGGACCCAUUCCUGAAAAAUAAAGAUGGCUGGAACGCCUUCCACAUCGCGUGCAGGGAAGGCGAUCCUCUCGUGAUCCGCUACCUCCUUGACGUCGCUCCGGAUGUGUGGAGAAGUGAAAGUAAGACGCGAAGAACACCUCUGCACACGGCAGCCAUGCACGGCUGUGAGGAGGUUGUUGACAUCUUGCUUGAGAGAUGCGACUACACCCCAGACAACAAAGACAGUUGCGGGGCCACACCUUUCAUGGAUGCAGUGAGGAACGGACACAUCUCAGUGGCCAGGCUCCUUUUAGCGAAACAUCAGGCUUCUCCAACUGCAGUUGAUACACUUGGCGUUCAACCAGUGCACCAGGUGGCUGUCACUGGCCAGGACGAGGCGCUGCGGUUCCUCGUAAGGGAACUCCACGUGGACGUCAAUCAGAGGGCCACUGGCUUGCAGCUCACCUCUUUGCAUUACGCCGCCAAGGAAGGCCACGUUUCCACGAUAAAGACGCUGCUCGAUUUGGGAGCAGAUCUGCACGCUCAGGACAAAAAGGGCAGAACAGCUCUUCACAUGGCUUCCAUCGGACAGCACGCGGAGGCUGCCAGGACGUUGCUGCAGCUCGGCCUUAAAGAUUCCCAGGAUGCAUCUGGCACCACGGCACGGCAUUUUGCCAAAAAGUCAGACAUAAUUGAAGUCUUUGACAACAGUUAAUCAAAUCCACUAAAGGGCAAUAUAAUUCUAAUGUAAUAAAGACAUAAAAAGCAA